AUGGUGUCUCUCCCCGGACUCUGGACCUACUGCCUCGCCCCGGGGAGACCUCAUCUCCUCUUCCUCUCUGCCAGAUCGAUCCUGCUGCUUCUUCUUUUUGCCGUCUUCUCCUCCUCCCCGGAGUCCUGCUUCCCGCACCCGCAGCACUGCCACAUCCUCGCCCGGAUCGGACACACCGUGCGUCUCGGCGCACUCUUGCCGACCCGACAGCCGGCACGGAUACAAAACGCGCUCAACCGCGCCCUGGCUAGCCUCCGGCACCAGAGCGGAGGAGCGGACUCCUCAACCACCACCUCCUCCUCCCAGACACCCCCUCUGCUGCCCUUCAACCUGAGCCUGGAGAUGGUGGCUCGGUCGCCCUCGGGAGGAGACCCCGAGUCGUUGUCCCGGAGCGCCUGCCAGGACCUGGUGGUCAGAGGGGUGUCCGCGGUGCUCGCCUUCCCGCGCUCCAGGGAGGAGCUGAUCCAAGUGGAGUUCAUCUCGUCUUUUCUGGAAAUCCCUUUCAUCUCCAUCCUGGAGGACACAGAGCCUCUGGUGACUAAGAACCGAUUCCACCUGCAGAUGUCCGCCCGUGUGCCUCCAUCAACCCUGGGCACUCUGCUGCUGGCUGUCCUGCAGGGGAAAGACGGGGACAGGGACAGAGGAAGCCGGGGGGAGGACAGCUGGGGAGGAGCAGCUGUGAUUUGCCCUGGGUGGGAGGAAGGAGGUGAUGGAUUGCUGUCUCACCUGCAGACGCACAGCGGGUCCUCGUGGCAUUUAUGGGAUAUCAUCAACUUGACCCAUAUCUCUGGGGGCGGAGAUAGAAGAGGGGAUGCCAGCGAGGAGAGGAGGGAGGAUCAGAGGGAAGAGGAGGCUUUGAAGAUCCUCUCCACCAGUUUUCUGCGCUCCCCCUCUCCUAUCUCUUCCGUUCUUCUCCUGGGAUCUGACCCAGAGUGUCUCUCUUCUGUCCUGCGGGCCGCUCAGCGCCUCGCUCCAUCGCUACCAGCACUGCAGUGGAUUAUGGGAUAUCCCUUGUCACCAGAUUCGCUCCACACUCUCGGAGGGCCCCUUGGACUGUUGGCCUAUGGGGAGGUCGGACGUAAGCCAAUCAGCUUCUACAUAAGGGAUGCUUUGCAGUUGAUUGGUCGUGCGGUCACUGCGGCGACCAUGGUCAGGCCAGACUUGGCGCUGAUUCAGAACAUGGUGAACUGUUACGACAAACCGAACAGGCAUGAGCUGCCCUCUUCAGGACAAUAUCUGGCCAGGUUUCUCUCCAACACUUCCUUUACCGGGGCCACAGGCCUGAUCCAGGUGGAUGCUGGCCUAUCUCGAGUCUCCUCCUCCCAGCUGUUCCAUGUAUGGAGCCUGAAGAGGGGUGCUCUUGGCCAGCCAGCCUGGGUGACCGUAGGCCAGUGGACGCGAGGCAGGCUGGAGUUAGAAGGAGGCAUCCUGGGACUGGUGGGAGGCUUCAGAAGCAGUCAGGGACAAGGUCUUGGAGCCGGGGUACGGGGAGGGGAUGGACAGGGGGAUAGUCACAUUGGAGGACGCUGGAGGCCAGGAUUUUCUGUUGAGGGACAACGCCUGAGGGUGGUAACACUGGUGGAACACCCAUUUGUCUUUACACGGGAGGUGGACGAGGAUGGAUUGUGUCCAGCGGGUCAACUAUGCUUAGACCCAAGAACCAACAGGUCUGACAUAAUCCAGGCCCUCUUCCACCAGCUCCAUAACCCAAACGCUACUACUGCAGAAUGGGAGGGCAUUGACCUGCCAGAGGACCUGAGGAGGUGCUGCUAUGGGUACUGUAUCGACUUGUUGGAGAAACUUGCGGAAGACAUGGGAUUUACCUUUGACCUUUACAUUGUGGGGGACGGAAAGUACGGCGCAUCAAGUGGGACGGGACGUUGGACGGGGCUGGUCGGGGACCUGCUGAGUGGAACAGCUGACAUGGCCGUCACUUCAUUCUCCAUCAACUCUGCCCGGAGCAGAGUCAUUGAUUUUACCUCGCCCUUCUACUCCACCAGCCUGGGCAUUCUGGUUCGUAGCAGAGACACUGCUGCCCCAAUUGGAGCCUUUAUGUGGCCUCUCCACUGGUCCAUGUGGGUGGGUAUUUUUGUCACGCUCCACCUCACCGCGCUCUUUCUCACCUUGUACGAGUGGAACAGCCCCUUCGGCAUGACACCCCACGGCAGGAACAGGCUGCGAGUGUUCUCUUAUUCCUCGGCCCUCAAUCUCUGCUAUGCCAUACUGUUUGGACGCACUGUCGCUACCAAGACUCCAAAAUGCUGGACCGGUCGCUUCCUGAUGAACCUUUGGGCCAUCUUCUGCUUACUGGUGCUGUCCAGCUACACCGCUAACCUAGCUGCAGUCAUGGUGGGGGAAAAGACCUUCGAGGAGGUCUCGGGAAUUCAUGACGACAAGUUGCACCACCCCUCCAUGGGCUUCCGUUUUGGAACGGUGCGGGAGAGCAGCGCUGAAGAUUACAUGAAGAAGAGCUUCCCGGAGAUGCACGACUACAUGAGGCGUUACAACCAGCCCACGACCCCUGAAGGCGUACACAUGUUAAAGACAGAUCCUCCUCUCCUGGAUGCCUUCAUUAUGGACAAAGCCCUGUUGGACUUUGAGGUCUCCAUCGACGCAGAAUGCAAGCUGCUCACUGUGGGGAAGCCGUUCGCUAUUGAAGGCUACGGCAUAGGUCUGCCCCAGGGCUCUCCUCUAACCCGAAACGUGUCUGAGUUCGUGAGUCGCUACAAGUCUGAUGGCUUCAUGGACAUGCUACAUGACAAAUGGUACAAGGUGGUGCCUUGCGGGAAACGAGUCUUUGCCGUCACUGAGACUCUACAGAUGGGGAUCCAGCAUUUCUCGGGCCUGUUCGUGCUGCUGUGUAUGGGGGUGGGUGGAGCCUUGCUGACCUUGGCAGGUGAACACACCUUCUAUCACCUGGUCAUCCCACGCCUCCGGCGCACGCACACACUGCAGUACUGGCUGCACACGAGCCAGAAAAUUCACCGAGCCCUCCACACCACGUACGAGGACGUUGGGAAGGAGCUGAGCGGCCUCGAUGAAAACCCUUCCUCUUGUAUCUCAGAGAACUGCACCCUGCACAGGAAACAGCAUCACCCUCCACCCGGGUCUCCUCCAAACUCCCCCGACGCUUCCACCACAGCCGGAGACACCAACAACUCCUCCCCAUCGCAUGAGCCCAAGGAGAAACGUGUGCACUUCGACCUGGAGACCUUACACAGCUACCGCCUGCGCACACACACCGCCUCUGUGCGCGGCAGGCCCGGCAUGGUGGGCCGACCUGGGCUCGGUCUUGGAGGCUUCGGGCUAGGCGGCAUGGGGAGUUUCGCCUCCCCUCCGCAGAUUAGCCUCCAUGCUAACGGGGGGCCGGUGUCUACACUGGCGUCCUCUGGCUUGGUUCUCUCUCCGCUGGGAAACAGGGCGGCUCAGACCAGCAUGUGGGAGGGGGAGCUCCAGGACCUGCAGGGGAAGAUCGAGACGUUCAGGACCCAGCUGAGGGAGGCUCUGGCCAGGAGGGCUGAGAUCCAGAGCAGCCUGGAGAGGGAGAGGAGCGGUCUUGUGCGCAGGGACACCAGUCUGGAAAGGGAGAGGGACAGGCAGAGGAUACAGACUAUUAACACGGACAGAAGCAGCUCCACUCAGCCGAAACUCCCCGAGAGAGACAGGACCAGCCAACUGCAAACCCUGAACAAUCAGCAGACAGGGAGAGCCAACCAAUCAGGCGGUCCUGGGACUCUGGAGCAAGGCAGGAGCAGCCAAUUAAACACAGUUAACAGUUUGGACAGAGGGAGAGCCAACCAAUUACGUUCUGUCAACACUCUGGCAGGAGAGAGGACUGUCCAUUCACGCACUUCCACAAGUUUGGAGCGAAGUCGAGUCAACCAACCAGGCGCUGGAAAUGUUACUGUCCAAUCACGGAACACGUCUAGCCUGGACAGACAGAAGGCUAACCUGUCGAGCACGCUGAACACUUUGGACAGGACAAAAACCAACCAAUCAGGUGUAAGCAGUGGAACUUGA